AUUCUUCUCCACUAUCACCUCUGCUCAUCUCGAGUUUUUUAUGUUUCGCGAACACACAUUUCAGGCCUUGUUCGACCGGCUCGUUGAAUUCUCACGACACAGCUCCGUCGUUCGGAACACACUUUACGUCUGGCCCGUCUGGUGUAAAUCCGCCGCUCCCGAAGGCACUCGUGCCAAUUACAGUAUCCCCUCAAGACCGCGCUAGCUCUAUGGACGACACCACCACGCCCCGCAACCGGCGCGAACGUCGAGCAGCUGCCAAAGCAAAUGGCUCAAACAAAAGCACAGGCAAAGCCACAGGCACAAGCACGAUCGCAAGCGCUAGCACGUCGGCGAACGACUACCUCAACACACCACUUCCCGGAAUCGAAUACAAGAAGCCCGAUUACAACGCGGCCAGGGUCAAGGGGCACAAGACGCUGUACGAGAUAGCUGCGGAGCGGCAAGAAGAGCUGAGGAAGCAAGGCGUGUAUGACAAGUACGAGGACAAGUAUGCGCACGGCGAGAACGCGGGAGACCACCAGUUCUGGUCGUCACCCGGCGACGAGGAGCCCAUCGGGCCGCUGGGCGAGGCUUUCGUGUGGGGCGUCUCGCUGUCAAUGCUACACUUCACGCUGGACGUGCUCGUCUUCCACCAGUACCGGCAGGAGUUCGAGUGGCGCGAGAUAUGGACGCGCAUGUUCACCAUGAUGCCUGCCCUCUUCGUCGUCGUCUACAUGCUGCACACGAAAACGGCGACGCGGUGGGCGAAGCUGCGGCAGGCUUUCUUCUUCGCGACCAGCGUGGCCGCCGGCUGCUUCCUGAUCAAGAGCGGGAACUUGGACGGCUACUUCGCCGUCAUGAAGAUGGCCCCGCCGCUGGGCACGUUGUGGGUGUGGAGCACCAUCGAGAUGGAGCUUUGGUGGGCCGUCACCCACGUUGUUCUGGUGUGUUUGUACAUGUGGUGGAACGGCUUCACAAACUUUUAGUUUCCUCUCGGGUUCUAAAAUACGAAGUGAAGAAAAGACUAAUUUCGGUCGACCAAACUGGGUUCAACGUGUCAUGACUCCGCUCGCGUGUCUCUCACUCUCUCUCACUCUCUCUCUCUCUCUCUCACACACACACACACACACACUCUCUCUAUAUAUAUAUAUCGUUGUUGAAUUGCUGACUGUAUCGGGAACGGAAUCGGCGAGUGCCGCGACAAGAGUUCAG